AUGAGUUUAAGUCUUAAAGGUUCCCAAAUAAGUCCAUGCAAGUCAGCAGUUAGCAGUAGUCGUUCGACCACAAGAAUAUAUAAUGACAACUCUCGAACAAGAAAUGUGACGGAGGUUAUUAGAAGCAAUAAAAAUCCUUUUCGAGGCCCAGAAGUUUCUUCUAGUACUUCAGAACCAUUGGUUGAACAGAAGUUGGAAUUCCCUGACAAUUUAAUUACUAACGACGAUGAAAACCCGCUCAUCGAUUUCAAUAACACAAUUCACACCGAUUCAUUAACAUUUAAGAGAGACAAAUGUAGUUCGUGGUCGAGUAACUCAAAUGAUAAAAGUGUUUCAAGAUGGCUUGAAACACAUUUUCAUGACCAAAACGAUAGUGAUUUUAUAUGGGACGGUCAACACGACAAUGACAUAUUGACACCAUGUUCAGACAAAAAAGGUGAGGACUUCAAAUGUGGACAAAAUUUGGACACGAUAGGGGAUAGUUUAGACUUGAAUAUAGAUCCAAGAUUAGGAAAUAUCUGUAUGGAUUUGAACGAAGUUUCAGGUGAUGAUGGUGAUUUACAAUACACAGAUAUCAAUGAGAAAACAGAUACUCCACCUCCAUGUUUAGUCAGACCUUCAUCUAAUUCAAUCAACACUGCACGCCAGAUAAGUGGUUUCAAUGAUGAAUUAAAACUGAUAACCUCAACUUCGCAUGAUGACAAUCGACGUAAUUCCGCAGCGACUGUUAUACAAAAUUUUGGAGACUUCACAGAAGAAGAUAUUUAG